AGUAACGUUACUGAGUUGACAGUGAGGACAAGUCGCUUUGCGAAAACGGGAGUGCUACUGCAACCAUCGUAUUGUGGAUUCAAAUUCGGCAUAAUUUGCGUGAUAAUUUCGAAUAUGUUAAUGUCUGCAGAAAUGUUGAUAACGUUAAGUGCUAAGACUAUUUUAUUAAGUAUUUUUUUAAUCAGUGGACAGUUUCCUGUGUUGGUUCAUGCAAGCCAUAACGUUAUUUCAGUGAAGUGUCGCGUUACAGUAGCUAGCGAAUUUAGCUAGAAGGGAACUCCGUUUAAUGAUAUUUAGCUUGCCAGAUGCCAUUGUUUUCACUUUGGUUGGGUGUUUUUAAAUGUUUAAAUGUAUAUAUUCGUUAUAUUAUAAAUGUAUAGUUCGGCUUUUAUAAAUGUUAAAGCUAUGUGUUUACAAGCUAGCAAAGCCAAAGCUAGCUAACCUAAAAGCAACGGUAAUAAUAAUAAUUUGGUGGGUGCUUAUUGGCCUAUUUAAUACAUGUACAAGUGUGUAUUAAUACUGCAUGUGUGAAUUGAAAAAUGUGAUAUCCCAACUCUCCCUGAGCCACCUUCGGAAAGUGGGAUCAUGGACAGUUGAAUACACGCCUUUGUCAGUCAUGCAUUUGCACAAGUUUAUGCUAAACGUUGACCAAUAACCGUUUGCGCUGUCCCCCGUUAUAAACAUUGGCCCUGAGUCAAAUGUCCAGCGUGGUCGAGGUCUGGCAAGCUGAGGAUGCUGACCCAAUGCUCCCAACUCAGGUGGAAGAGCGCAGCAAAGACAGUCUUCCACUGGAAGAGAGCUCCUCAUUCUACGUGCCGGAGAAUGGAAGGCCGCUGCGCUUCCAGCCGCCAUCGCUGGAGUUUGGGACACAGCCACUGGGGCUGCCAAGAGCUGAAACCAUAUACAUACACAACCCCAGCCAGGAACUCCCAGUGACACUGCUGUCAAUGUUUACAUCCAGCAGACAUUUUCACAUGCCUUCGUUCCACAGAAGGGUAAUCCCACCCAGAGGGAAGGCCUCAUUUAAACUAGUCUUCCUCCCGACGGAGGAGGGCAACGUAGAAAACUCAUUAUUUAUAAACACAUCAGCCCACGGGGUGCUCUCUUACCAGGUUUUUGGUUUGGGUGUCCACCGGGGCUCUGUGAAUGGGGUCAAUAGGAAGGACAGUGUCCUCAUAUUCCCCCACAUCCAGAGCAUCAAGCUAAGCCAAACUCAGGAAGAUUCUUCCAACAUCACUAUCCUGGGGCUACUGCUAGAGUGCAGUUUACCCAAGAGCAUGUACAGCCAGCCGCAGGGGUCCUGCUUCCAGAGUGUUGAGGACCAUGCGGCCGGGGUAGAGCAGCGACUCAACCUCCAGAUCAGGCUGUCGGAAAGCACAGAACGCCCCGCUGACCUGGACAAGCUCAAGCCCUACAUCAUCGAGCACAUCCUGGUCCUGUUGGUCGCCCCAGCGACGGGCCGCGGCUCUGCCAACGGGGAGCCAAAAAUAGGAAUUUAUAUGUUGAAUUCAGGAGGAAAGAAACUUUAUGUUAAGGAAAUACAGUUGUUAUCCAAAGUGGACAGCACUCUGGAGUUCAGCCCAGUCCUGCUGAGAGCAUCAGCGACAAACUUCACAGAAGUGGCUACGCUAGCUUGCAGAGCAGGGUCUCUGCCAGGUCAGGGUAGAAGAUGCUCCAGUCAUAUUAGCCUACAGGUCCUGGGGAAUCACACAGUGAACACUUUCCCUGGCUUCCACAUCACACACAGGGGGUUGGAGCUGUCUAGUCUCUUCCAGGUGAGACAGAGGCAGAGAGGGGCAGACCACGUGGACCUGUGGCUGACCAACACCCUCCACUUCCCCCUCGCUGUCCAGGAUGCCACCCUCUCCCCGGAGUCCCAGGGCUUACUCAAGGUGGUCAACUUCAGCGGGGCGGUGUCAGUGCCCCAGGGUGGCUGCUGGCGGCUCCUCUCCCUGCAGCUCCUCAACAGGAGCCUGCCCUUAAACCUGCUAUCCACCCUCUCCCUGACCACUGGCUUGGGUCUGGCCCUGAAACUACCCCUCCACUUUCACUCCACCCUGGCUAAGCAGGGUAAUGUUGUGUUUGAAGCGGAGAGGGAGUGUGGCCGACUAUGUCCUCUCAGACUGUCAGAAGCAGGUCGUGUCCAGUGGCAGCGCUCUCUCCUCCCAGACUCCUCCUCCUGGAUGCUGGACAGCAGACUGGCCUCGGAGCUCUGCGUUCGCUGGCAAAUCCGCAAAGACCAGCUGCCUUGCAGGUGGCCAAGACUACCAGCGGAGACCUCGUCCCCUCUAGACUUUGGUGCUGUCCCUGUCAAUGAAAGCAAAGUUAAGCUGCUGACUCUGAAGAACCCCUCCUCCUCUGUGGUGUGUGUCGAGAUCAGAGCCCUCUCCCUGUACCCGGCCCCCCUGGAAGCCCUUGACCUACUAACCAAAUGGUUCAAUAUCAGCCCCCUCUCUGUCAACAUCAGCACUACAGAGUUCACUCUGCUGCAUGCAGAGCACACGGGCGGGGAGAGUGUGAGGGGAGAGGGAGCGCUGCGUCUCCUCCUCCAGCCAUGGGAGAGCAGGGAGGUGGCUGUGGUGUUCACCCCCUCCGAACACAAACCCACCACCACCAUCCUACUCAUCAGGAACAAUCUGACAGUGUUUGACAUGGUGAUGGUGCGGGGUCAUGGGGCCAAGGAGCUGCUGAGGGUGGGGGGCAAGCUGCCGGGCCCCGGAGCCUCAUUACGCUUUAAUGUCCCUCAGUCCACCCUCAUGGAGUGCCGAGAUGGCCUACGCACCAACAAGCCUCUGUUUGCCAUCUGGAAGAGCUUCAAGGUGGAGAACGCCGGGGAGCUGCCCCUUACGGUCACGUCCAUGAACAUCAACGGCUACAAGUGCCAGGGCUUCGGCUUCGAGGUGCUGCAGUGCAGGUCCUUCAGCCUGGACCACAACUCCUCCUCCGAGAUCACCAUUGCGUUCACUCCAGACUUCACGUCGUCCUGGGUGAUCCGGGACCUGACCCUGGUGACGUCGCGAGGCUCAUUGUUCCCCUUCACCCUCAACGUGACGCUGCCCCACCACAUGCUGCCCCUCUGUGCCCAAGUGGUGCCCGGCCCCAGCUGGGAGGAGACAUUCUGGGUGGUCACCCUCAUCUUCACCUGCUUCUCCCUGGCGGGUGUUUGUCUGAUGGCUUUCCACCAGGCCCAGUACAUCCUGACUCAGUUCUCCAGCCCCACCCCCCGGAGCAUCCACAACUCUGCCCUGUCCCGGGACAACGGCCCCGUCAACAACAUCACCCCCAACGGAGUCAAUAAAAUGAAGGGCAGCUGCAAGACAUAUGUGGACACCUGCCACAACUCUGACAAAGGAAAGGGGCGUGGCUCCCUGGCGGUGGCCAACGGCUCCACCCCUCGGCCCCAGCCCUUCUCCACCCCCUCCUCCUCCUCCAAGAAGGGUGCCUCCACCACCCCCCCCCAGCCGCAGAAGAAACACAAGGUGUCCGUUUACUACGGCAAGUACAAAACCAGCUCCUACGCCACAGCUGCGACGGCUGCCACGGCGACCGAGGAAGAGAGGGAACUAGACCUAACGCCCGACCUGGGAACCCUGGAACCCGACCUGAGCACGGACGCCUGCAACAACAACGAGCCCACGUUCCUCUGUCAAAUCGUUAAGAAAACGACACAGCACUUUAAGGAAGCCCCACCACAGAGCGCCGCCCUGCGGGAGGACAGCAAAGGGCCGGCGGCGGUUAUGUUUCCCGUGGAAACGCAGGCCGGCUUCCCCGACAAUGUCACCAUGGGCCCAGGCCCCCGACCGGGUCUCCUGCUGUGCAGCCCCGUGACAGAGAAAGGAUGCGGCCUCCGUACACAUUCGCAGUUUGCGGAGAAGAGGGACACAACGGUGAAAAGGGACAACUCUGAGCUAGAGACCAGAGAGGAUGGUAAAAUCCAGAGGAAGAAGGCAGGGAAGACGGAGGCUGGUGUCCCAGCUGGGAACAGCAAGACAAAGAAGAGUCGCAAGAAGAACACAGAGGGGGUUUCUGGGCUACCUGAACACAGUGUGGUUGUGACAUCAGUGCAGGAGAGGGAACCGGAGUGGAGAAUGGGAGAACAGCAACUGAAUAUGAACGGAACCCGCACUCGGAACCGCUGCUCCACAGGAAAACCAGACGUACCGAAGCCCAGCCCCAACCCCGACAGCCCCCUCAAACAGAACGGUGUGUGUCUGGUGCGGCCACGGCGGAAGUGCGCGGAGCGGCGCGUGGCGUGCGAGUCGGGCUCAGACUCUGGCAGCUCGUCGGGCAGCGUGCGGGCCAGCCGCGGCAGCUGGGGCAGCUGGAGCUCUGCCAGCAGCAUUGAGGGAGACAAGGACCCCAGCGCCCCACACCACCGCACACACCACUGCACUACCUCAGCCAGGAAAAGGGACUCCAUGCAGUACGGCGUCUACCCAGCCGAGAGGGACUGCUACCAGACCAUGAACUCCACCUACAAGGCCCAGAGCAUGAAUAACCUGUACAGGAAGGAGCCUUGCCAAAGCCCAACAGAGCCCGCCCCGGUGCCCCCCAGCUUUGCCCCCAGCUUCGCUUCUGUAGCAGCCCGCAUGGACAGAACCAUGGAUGUGGCGGGCCACUAUUUGCCUGAGGAGACGUGGUCGGCACCCUCCGUGCCCCUCACCAAUGAGUUCAGGUACAACACCUCAGAGGCCGUGCCCUACGUACCUCAAGCCUCAGCCCCCACCCCCUUCAACGGCUUCCCUUGGAACAGUGCCAACAGCCAAUGUAACAGCCCGUACGUGUACUGUGACCAGGGCAACUACAUGUCAGCGGGCAACACCAACUUCCACAAUAAUUUCCCAUGCCAGCCAGAGAGCCAGACGGUAGCCUACAGCCACCAGCCCAGCUGGAGCGAGGAAUGCUCCCAGGAGGCUCCCUCGACCUGGGAUACAGCCGGCUGUGUGGGCAGCAAGCCAUAUUUCCCCGGCACCAGGAGCCUGUCCCCAAUGUCCAGUCUGUUCGGUUCCAUCUGGACCCCCCAGAGUGAGCCGUACCAAAGCCACUUCCAACCCGAGCGCUCAGCCCCCAUGUCUCCGGUGUCCCCCGUCUGCCCCAUCACCCCGCCUCACGCCCCCUUCAACCGGGAGCCCGGGGGCAUGUGCCGCCCCAAGCAGUACUCCAGCUUCAACCCUUUCGGCCCCCACAUGAACCUGGACAUUUGGAACUCCUCAUCCAACCGCAGCUCAAAUUCGCAGCUGUCCAACGACUCGGGCUACUGCGGCGACAUUUAACAAAAACCUGGCAUAACCGACGACAACAAACAAAAACGAUGCUAUAAAAGAAAGGAACAAGAAAUGAAUGUGCUUUUAUCGAUAAUGGGGGGAAAAAUGUGAAUAUUCCUUUACUUUUAUGUUCCUUUUUUUCUUUCAAACGUUCAAUGUUGUGAAAGGUUAAGCAUUUGUUGUAUAUUUUUCUAGGUGUUUUGAUCAUAGAAAAUUAAAACAUUUAAAAAGUUUUGUA